AUGGGUAGAAGCAGGAUGAGAGAAAAAUAUAAUCUCUUAACUUCUCUCAGAAACCUGCCAACAAAGAACAUUUUAAAAACUAUAAAAAUUGUAGAAACAAAUUUAACAACUGUAGUACAGGUGUGUCAUACCGAUGUGUUCGCCGUGGUGUGUAACGACAUCUCAAACUACUACUGCUACUACUGCUACGACAUCUGCCACAACAUCACUGACAACAUCAGCAACGACUUCUGCUACAACGUCAAUGACAACAUCAGCAACGACUUCUGCUACAACGUCAAUGACAACGUCGGCAACGACUUCUGCUACAACGUCACUGACAACAUCAGCAACGACUUCUGCUACACCGUCAAUGACAACGUCGGCAACGACUUCUGCUACAACGUCACUGACAACAUCAGCAACGACUUCUGCUACAACGUCAAUGACAACUUCGGCAACGACUUCUGCUACAACGUCAAUGACAACAUCAGCGACAACUUCUGCUACAACGUCAAUGACAACAUCAGCAACGACUUCUGCUACAAUGUCAAUGACAACAUCUGCAACAACACCAAUACCAAAGUUAUGCAAAGACACAGAGGAAGCAGCUACUUGUUGUCAAAGAGAGUACAGAUGUGCCAUACCGAUGUGUUCGCCGUGGUGUGUAACGACAUCUCAAACUACUACUACAUCAACAUCUGUCACAACGUCAUUGACAACAUCAGCAACUACUUCUGCUACAACAUCAAUGACAACAUCAGCAACGACUUCUCCUACAACGUCAAUGACAACAUCAGCAACGACUUCUCCUACAACGUCAAUGACAACAUCAGCAACGACUUCUGCUACAACGUCAAUGACUACAUCAGCAACAACACCAAUACCAAAGAUAUGCAAAGACACAGAGGAAGCGGAUAUUUGUUGUCAAAGAGCUACAACGUCAGCUACUACAUCAGCAACUACAUCUGCUACAACUUCGGCCACAACGUCAGCUACUACGUCUGCAACAACAUCGGCUACAACUUCAGCCACUACAUCAGCUACAACGUCAGCUACUAUAUCAGCAACUACAUCUCCUACUUCAACGGCCACUACCUCACCUACAACUUCGGCUACCACAUCAGCGACAACAUCUGCCACAACGUCUCCAUGACAUCUGAUAGUACAUCAGCUACAACGUCAGCAACAACGUCAGUUACUACAUCAGCAACUACAUCUGCUACUACAUCGGCCACGACAUUAGCUAGAACCAACGACAUCAGCUACAACUUCGGCUACCACAUCAGUGACAACAUCUGCUACAACGACUGUCACAACUUCAGCCACAACAUCUGCGACAACAUCCGCUACUACAUCAGCAACAACAUCCGCUACUACAUCAGCAACAACGUCUGCUACUACAUCGGCUACUACCUCAGCUACAACGUCUGCAACGACGUCUGCCACAACAUCUGCGACAACUUCAGCCACGACAUCUCCUACUACAUCAGCAACAACGUCAGCUACUACAUCAGCAACUACAUCUGCCUCUACAUCGGCCACGACAUCAUCUACAACGUCUGCUACGACGUCUGCAACAACAUCCGCGACAACAUCAGCAACGACAUCAGCUACAACGUCUGCAUCGACGUCCGCCACAACAUCUGCGACAACUUCAGCCACAACAUCUCCUACUACAUCGGCUACAACGUCCGCUACUACAUCAGCGACAACAUCAGCAACUACUUCUGCUACUACUUCGGCCACUACCUCAGCUACAACAUCAGCAACUACGUCUGCAACAACAUCUGCGACAACUUCGGCGACAACAUCCGCUACUACAUCAGCUACAACGUCUGCAACAACAACCACAACAACAACGUCAGCAACUACAUCUGCUACUACAUCAGCAACUACAUCUGCUACCACAUCGGCCACGACCUCAGCUACAACAUCUGCGACAACUUCAGCCACGACAUCUCCUACUACAUCAGCUACAACGUCAGCUACAACCUAAAACGUCUGCCACGACGUCUCCACAACAUCUCCUACUACAUCAGCUACAACGUCAGCUACAACGUCAGCUACUACAUCAGCAACUACAUCUGCUACUACAUCGGCCACGACAUCAGCUACAACGUCUGCUACGACGUCUGCAACAACAUCUGCGACAACUUCCGCAACAACAUCAGCCACAACAUCUGCCACAACUUCAGCCACGACAUCUGCUACAACAUCAGCAACUACUUCAGCUACUACAUCAGCAACUACAUCAGCAACUACAUCAGCAACUACGUCUGCCACAACAUCUGCGACAACUUCGGCCACAACAUCUGCUACUACAUCAGCAACAACGUCUGCUACUACAUCGGCUACUACCUCAGCUACAACGUCUGCAACGACGUCUGCCACAACAUCUGCGACAACUUCAGCCACGACAUCUGCUACUACAUCAGCAACAACAUCAGCUACUACAUCAGCUACUACAUCAGCAACUACAUCAGCAACUACAUCUGCUACUACAUCGGCCACUACCUCAGCUACAACAUCGGCAACAACAUCAGCAACUACGUCUGCAACAACGUCUGCGACAACUUCGGCUACAACGUCCGCUACUACAUCAGCGACUACGUCUGCUACUACAUCGGCCACUACAUCAGCUACAACAUCGGCUACAACGUCCGCUACUACAUCUGCUACAACUUCGGCCACUACCUCAGCUACAACGUCUGCUACGACGUCUGCAACAACAUCUGCGACAACUUCGGCCACAACAUCCGCCACUACAUCAGCAACAACGUCUGCAACAACAUCAGCCACAACGUCAGCUACUACAUCAGCAACUACAUCUGCUACUACAUCGGCCACGACAUCAGCUACAACGUCUGCUACGACGUCUGCAACAACAUCUGCGACAACAUCAGCAACGACAUCUGCUACAACGUCUGCAACAACAUCUGCGACAACUUCGGCCACAACAUCCGCUACUACAUCAGCAACAACGUCUGCAACAACAUCAGCCACAACGUCAGCUACUACAUCAGCAACUACAUCUGCUACUACAUCGGCCACUACCUCAGCUACAACAUCAGCAACAACAUCAGCAACUACGUCUGCAACAACGUCUGCGACAACUUCGGCUACAACGUCCGCUACUACAUCAGCGACAACAUCAGCAACUACAUCUGCUACAACUUCGGCUACCACAUCAGUGACAACAUCUGCUACAACGUCUGCAACAACAUCUGCGACAACUUCGGCCACAACAUCCGCUACUACAUCAGCAACAACGUCUGCAACAACAUCAGCCACAACGUCAGCUACUACAUCAGCAACUACAUCUGCUACUACAUCGGCCACUACCUCAGCUACAACAUCAGCAACAACAUCAGCAACUACGUCUGCAACAACGUCUGCGACAACUUCGGCUACAACGUCCGCUACUACAUCAGCGACAACAUCAGCAACUACAUCUGCUACAACUUCGGCCACUACCUCAGCUACAACGUCUGCUACGACGUCUGCAACAACAUCUGCGACAACUUCGGCCACAACAUCCGCUACUACAUCAGCAACUACAUCUGCUACUACAUCGGCCACUACCUCAGCUACAACAUCAGCAACAACAUCAGCAACUACGUCUGCCACAACAUCUGCGACAACUUCGGCGACAACAUCUGCUACUACAUCAGUAACUACAACUGCUACUACAUCGGCCACUAUCUCAGCUACAACGUCUGCAACGACGUCUGCCACAACAUCUGCGACAACUUCAGCCACGACAUCUCCUACUACAUCAGCUACAACGUCAGCUACUACAUCAGCAACUACAUCUGCUACUACAUCGGCCACGACAUCAGCUACAACGUCUGCUACGACGUCUGCAACAACAUCUGCGACAACUUCCGCAACAACAUCAGCCACAACAUCUGCCACAACUUCAGCCACGACAUCUGCUACAACAUCAGCAACUACUUCAGCUACUACAUCAGCUACUACAUCAGCAACUACAUCAGCAACUACGUCUGCCACAACAUCUGCGACAACUUCGGCCACAACAUCCGCUACUACAUCAGCAACAACGUCUGCUACUACAUCGGCUACUACCUCAGCUACAACGUCUGCAACGACGUCUGCCACAACAUCUGCGACAACUUCAGCCACGACAUCUGCUACUACAUCAGCUACAACGUCAGCUACUACAUCAGCAACUACAUCUGCUACUACAUCGGCCACGACAUCAGCUACAACGUCUGCUACGACGUCUGCAACAACAUCUGCGACAACUUCCGAAACAACAUCAGCCACAACAUCUGCCACAACUUCAGCCACGACAUCUGCUACAACAUCAGCAACUACUUCAGCUACUACAUCAGCAACUACGUCUGCCACAACAUCUGCGACAACUUCGGCCACAACAUCCGCUACUACAUCAGCAACAACGUCUGCUACUACAUCGGCUACUACCUCAGCUACAACGUCUGCAUCGACGUCUGCCACAACAUCUGCGACAACUUCAGCCACGACAUCUGCUACUACAUCAGCUACAACGUCAGCUACUACUUCAGCUACUACAUCAGCAACUACAUCAGCAACUACAUCAGCAACUACGUCUGCCACAACAUCUGCGACAACUUCGGCCACAACAUCCGCUACUACUUCAGCAACAACGUCUGCUACUACUUCGGCUACUACCUCAGCUACAACGUCUGCAACGACGUCUGCCACAACAUCUGCGACAACUUCAGCCACGACAUCUGCUACUACAUCAGCUACGACAUCAGCUACUACAUCAGCAACUACAUCUGCUACUACAUCGGCCACGACAUCAGCUACAACGUCUGCUACGACGUCUGCAACAACAUCUGCGACAACUUCAGCCACGACAUCUGCUACAACAUCACCAACUACUUCAGCUACUACAUCAGCUACUACAUCAGCAACUACAUCAGCAACUACGUCUGCGACAACAUCUGCGACAACUUCGGCGACAACAUCCGCCACUACAUCAGCAACAACAUCUGCAACAACAACCACAACAACAACGUCAGCAACUACAUCUGCUACUACAUCAGCAACUACAUCUGCUACCACAUCGCCCACUACCUCAGCUACAACAUCUGCGACAACUUCAGCCACGACAUCUGCUACUUCAUCAGCUACAACGUCAGCUACAACGUCAGCCACAACAUCAGCUACUACAUCAGCAACUACAUCUGCUACUACAUCGGCCACGACAUCAGCUACAACGUCUGCUACGACGUCUGCAACAACAUCUGCGACAACAUCAGCAACGACAUCAGCUACAACUUCGGCUACCACAUCAGUGACAACAUCUGCUACAACGUCUGCAACAACAUCUGCGACAACUUCGGCCACAACAUCCGCUACUACAUCAGCAACAACGUCUGCAACAACAUCAGCCACAACGUCAGCUACUACAUCAGCAACUACAUCUGCUACUACAUCGGCCACUACCUCAGCUACAACAUCAGCAACAACAUCAGCAACUACGUCUGCAACAACGUCUGCGACAACUUCGGCUACAACGUCCGCUACUACAUCAGCGACAACAUCAGCAACUACAUCUGCUACAACUUCGGCCACUACCUCAGCUACAACGUCUGCUACGACGUCUGCAACAACAUCUGCGACAACUUCGGCCACAACAUCCGCUACUACAUCAGCAACAACGUCAGCUACUACAUCAGCAACUACAUCUGCUACUACAUCGGCCACUACCUCAGCUACAACAUCAGCAACAACAUCAGCAACUACGUCUGCAACGACGUCUGCGACAACAUCUGCUACUACAUCAGCAACUACAUCUGCUACUACAUCGGCCACUACCUCAGCUACAACGUCUGCAACGACGUCUGCCACAACAUCUGCGACAACUUCAGCCACGACAUCUGCUACAACAUCAGCAACUACUUCAGCUUCUACAUCAGCUACUACAUCAGCAACUACAUCAGCAACUACGUCUGCCACAACAUCUGCGACAACUUCGGCCACAACAUCCGCUACUACAUCAGCAACAACGUCUGCAACAACGUCAGCUACUACAUCAGCAACUACGUCUGCUACUACAUCGGCCACUACAUCAGCUACAACAUCGGCUACAACGUCCGCUACUACAUCAGCGACUACUUCGGCCACUACCUCAGCUACAACGUCUGCUACGACGUCUGCAACAACAUCUGCGACAACAUCAGCCACAACGUCUGCUACUACAUCGGCCACUACCUCAGCUACAACAUCAGCAACAACAUCAGCAACUACGUCUGCAACAACAUCUGCGACAACUUCGGCGACAACAUCUGCUACUACAUCAGCAACUACAUCUGCUACUACAUCGGCCACUACCUCAGCUACAACGUCUGCAACGACGUCUGCCACAACAUCUGCGACAACUUCAGCCACGACAUCUCCUACUACAUCAGCUACAACGUCAGCUACUACAUCAGCAACUACAUCUGCUACUACAUCGGCCACGACAUCAGCUACAACGUCUGCUACGACGUCUGCAACAACAUCUGCGACAACUUCCGCAACAACAUCAGCCACAACAUCUGCCACAACUUCAGCCACGACAUCUGCUACAACAUCAGCAACUACUUCAGCUACUACAUCAGCUACUACAUCAGCAACUACAUCAGCAACUACGUCUGCCACAACAUCUGCGACAACUUCGGCCACAACAUCCGCUACUACAUCAGCAACAACGUCUGCUACUACAUCGGCUACUACCUCAGCUACAACGUCUGCAACGACGUCUGCCACAACAUCUGCGACAACUUCAGCCACGACAUCUGCUACUACAUCAGCUACAACGUCAGCUACUACAUCAGCAACUACAUCUGCUACUACAUCGGCCACGACAUCAGCUACAACGUCUGCUACGACGUCUGCAACAACAUCUGCGACAACUUCAGCCACGACAUCUGCUACAACAUCACAAACUACUUCAGCUACUACAUCAACAACUACAUCAGCAACUACAUCAGCAACUACGUCUGCAACAACAUCUGCGACAACUUCGGCCACAACAUCCGCUACUACUUCAGCAACAACGUCUGCUACUACAUCGGCUACUACCUCAGCUACAACGUCUGCUACGACGUCUGCAACAACAUCUGCGACAACUUCAGCCACGACAUCUGCUACCAUAUCACCAACUACUUCAGCUACUACAUCAGCAACUACAUCAGCAACUACAUCAGCAACUACGUCUGCCACAACAUCUGCGACAACUUCGGCCACAACAUCCGCUACUACUUCAGCAACAACGUCUGCUACUACAUCGGCUACUACCUCAGCUACAACGUCUGCGACAACUUCAGCCACGACAUCUGCUACUACAUCAGCUACAACGUCAGCUACAACGUCAGCCACAACAUCAGCUACUACAUCAGCAACUACAUCUGCUACUACAUCGGCCACGACAUCAGCUACAACGUCUGCUACGACGUCUGCAACAACAUCUGCGACAACAUCAGCAACGACAUCAGCUACAACUUCGGCUACCACAUCAGUGACAACAUCUGCUACAACGUCUGCAACAACAUCUGCGACAACUUCGGCAACAACAUCCGCUACUACAUCAGCAACAACGUCUGCAACAACAUCAGCCACAACGUCAGCUACUACAUCAGCAACUACAUCUGCUACUACAUCGGCCACUUCCUCAGCUACAACAUCAGCAACAACAUCAGCAACUACGUCUGCAACAACGUCUGCGACAACUUCGGCUACAACGUCCGCUACUACAUCAGCGACAACAUCAGCAACAACAUCUGCGACAACUUCGGCCACAACAUCCGCUACUACAUCAGCAACAACGUCAGCUACUACAUCAGCAACUACAUCUGCUACUACAUCGGCCACUACCUCAGCUACAACAUCAGCAACAACAUCAGCAACUACGUCUGCAACGACGUCUGCGACAACAUCGGCUACUACAUCAGCAACUACAUCUGCUACUACAUCGGCCACUACCUCAGCUACAACGUCUGCAACGACGUCUGCCACAACAUCUGCGACAACUUCAGCCACGACAUCUCCUACUACAUCAGCUACAACGUCAGAUACUACAUCAGCAACUACAUCUGCUACUACAUCGGCUACGACGUCUGCUACGACGUCUGCAACAACAUCUGCGACAACUUCCGCAACAACAUCAGCCACAACAUCUGCCACAACUUCAGCCACGACAUCUGCUACAACAUCAGCAACUCCUUCAGCUACUACAUCAGCUACUACAUCAGCAACUACAUCAGCAACUACGUCUGCCACAAUAUCUGCGACAACUUCGGCCACAACAUCCGCUACUACAUCAGCAACAACGUCUGCAACAACGUCAGCUACUACAUCAGCAACUACGUCUGCUACUACAUCGGCCACUACAUCAGCUACAACAUCGGCUACAACGUCCGCUACAACAUCAGCGACUACUUCGGUCACUACCUCAGCUACAACGUCUGCUACGACGUCUGCAACAACAUCUGCGACAACUUCGGCAACAACAUCAGUUACAACUUCGGCUACUUCAUCAGCUACUACUUCAGCUACAACAUCUGCCACAACUUCAGCCACGACAUCUGCUACAACAUCAGCAACUACCUCUGCAACAACUUCAGCCACCACAUCUUCCUUAAAAUCUGUUACGACAUCCGCCACGACUCCAAACGAUCCUAAAUGCCUCUACACGUUGCUUAAUUCAAUGGGGAGAAAGCGCUUGGUUGGCGGAACCAACACAGGCCUUUGUCAGUAUCCCGGACUUGUGUUGUUCAGCGGGGUUGCGUUCCCCUCAACAUUCUGCUCUGGCAUCCUCCU